GCGGCGCGAUGUCGCGGCGCGCGGCGACGGCGGUGACGCGCGCGGUGACGCUCGCGUCGCUGGUCGCGCGCGCGCGCGCGCACGGCGCGCGCGGCGGCGACGAGGGCGACGCGCGGGCGGCGGGGGCGUGGACGGUCGGGGACGCCGCGCGCGCGACGCUGGCGUCCGCGUGCGUGUCGCUCGCGUCCCUGGUCGGGUGCGCGCUGAUGGCGAUCGGCGCGCGCGCGGACGCGCUCGCGUGGCUGAGCGACGCGGCGAUCGGGGCGAUGCUCGGGGACGCGCUCGGGUGUCAACUGCCGUCGGCGCUCGAGGCGGCGACGCGAGCGCGAGGACGCGACGGCGCGGGCGUCGCGGCGUGCGCGACGACGUGCGGCGUGCUGGCGUUUCAUCAGUUGGAGGUGAUCGUGCGCGCGGUGAAGGCGCGAAACGAUGGGAAAGUGGGGACGACGCGGCGGCGUCGAACGCCGAGCGAAAGCCGAAGCCGAAGCCGAAGCCGAGGCGCGAGUGGUCGAGCGCGCGAGCGACGCGCGGCGGCGCGAGAGAUCGCGGCGAGCGGAUGGCUCAAUCUGUUCGCCGAUGCCGCGCACAACUUCACCGACGGCGUCGUGAUCGCGAUCGCGUUCGCCCGGCGCGGCGCGACGCGCGGCUACGCCGCGGCGUGGACGACGCUCGCGCACGAGCUUCCGCAAGAGCUCGGCGACUACGGCAUCUUACGACGCUCGGGAUUCACCGACGUCGAGGCGUUAUGGUUCAACUUUCUCUCCGCCCUCGUCGCCGUCGGCGCGACCGCGCUCACGUUCCUCGUCCUGGCCGCGCUCGACGCCGCGAGCGCCUCCGCGUCGUCCUUCGCCCGACGUCUCGCCCUCGACGUUCCCUACCUCGUCGAGGCCUUCUGCGCCGGCGGGUUUCUCACCGUCGCCUUCACCGCCCUUCGCGAGGACGAUUCGGGAUCCGCGUUCGCGCGCGUUCGCGUGUUCGUCGCCGCCGUCCUCGUCGCGCGUCGCGGCGCCCACUGA